GUUGACCUGUCGUAAUUUCAAUUUGCUUGGAUCACCGCUCGGAAAGCAAUGACUUGAUGGGCCGCAGCUUCGCUUCGCAGGAAGCUAACAUUAUCCCAUGCAGGCAAACAAGGCACCUCAGAUAGCUUCACUCUAUGUGGGUGACCUUCAUCCUGAUGUUACUGAAGCCAUGCUGUAUGAGCUUUUCAAUCGCAUUGGCCCAGUAGCGUCCAUACGUGUUUGCCGGGACAAAAUCAAUCGAAAGUCGUUGGGCUAUGGCUAUGUGAAUUUUCACAACUUCAGUGAUGCAGAGACUGCUCUGGAUACCUUGAGUUACACAAAUAUUCAUGGCCGAAGCUGUCGCUUGAUGUGGAGCCAGCGAGAUACUGGAUCUAGAAAGACCAGCAACAGCAAUGUCUAUGUCGCAAACCUGGACAAGAACAUCGACAACAAGGCUCUUCAUGAUACCUUCAGUGUUUUCGGCGACAUUUGUUCCUGCAAGGUUGCGGCAGAUAGACUGGGAAAUUCAUAUGGCUAUGGCUUCGUGCACUUUGAAACCGCGGAGGCGGCUCAAGAUGCCAUCACCAAGCUAAACAAUAUGGAAGUCGGCGGAAAGCGUAUCCAGGUUUGUUUGUGCGAGAAUCGCAAGGAUGCCCAAAAUUCCAACGGGGCAUCUGACUUUACCAACCUCUAUGUGAAAUGCUUUCCAGAGCAUUGGACUGAGGAGACCUUGCGAGAAGAAUUCGGCACGUUUGGCUCAUUGACAGGGGUUGCAGUGAGAACAGACGGCCAAGGGCGCAGGUGUGCGUUUGUCAACUUUGAGCAUCAUCAGGAUGCGAAAGAAUGUGUGAAGGUGAUGCACAUGAAAGACAUGAGGAGUCCUGAUGAGCACUCCCAGGACGAAGAAGUAGGAACCGAUGGUCACCCAUUGACAAGACUCUAUGUGCAACGUGCCCAACCAAAGGCGGAGCGUGAACGCAUGCUGAAGAGCCAGUAUGCAUACGACGCAGCCAUAAAGAACAAAAAGUCAAUCAGCUUGUAUAUAAAGGGUCUACAGGAGAACGUCAGGGACGAGAGCUUGCGCUCGAUGUUUGAACCAUUCGGGCAAGUCCUCUCCGCAACAGCACCUGUAGAUUCCAACGGGAACUGCCGGGGCUUUGGCUUUGUAAACUAUGCCACUGUGGAGGAGGCUACUAAGGCUGUCUCCCAGAUGCACUUGAAGGUCAUCGACGGCAGGGCAAUCCACGUCGACUUAGCUGAGAGCAAGCAGGAUCGCGAGGCGCGACAAGCUCGAGCACACCAGCGCUUCGCGCCACCAAUGCGACCAAUGAUGGGCAUGGCAAAUCGGGGAAAGUUCCCCAUGGGCCCCACUAUGGGUCCAAUGGGUAUGAACAAACCUGGACCUUGCGGCAUGCCAAACUUUGCCAAUCCCGUAUCGUUUCCUGGGCGUCCGACCCGGCAGCUGCACUACAAAAUUUGUUUUGGUUUGUUGACCCAACUAUCCCGCCAUUUUUCAGCCUGCAAUCCUCAGGCAUACGGUAUAUAUAUAUAUAUAUAUGUAUAACAUCCUUGAAGACCUACUGAGUCCUACUGGUCAAGUGGAAAACCUGCCUCAAGGAAAUUACUUUGUAUAAUUGUUACUCACUUGCUCGUCCCUCAAGCUCCUCAAGCUUUUUAAAUUCAUACAAUGACAACCAGACAACCAUGGCAGCUUCCAGUAAUUGGCGAGGCCCGAAACAGUAAACAUAGUGCACAGUGCAAAGCUUGGAAAGAUGCAGCAUUCUACUGGUUAUAGUUGGGUUCACAAAUACAGGGCCAGGAAGAGGGUUCACAGACUUCGGGAAAGAGCAAUGAAGUAUGAACCAUGCCAAGCAGAGGGUGGCUCUCAUUGUUUGCAUAGCUCGAUAUAGCUCGUUUUUGUAAAACAUGGUUAGUGCAUGUUAGUGUAGUAGCAGGUGUUGUGUAGAGAGGUCUUUGUGCAACACGUGGUUCGUGCAAAUGCAGGUGUUGUGUGUAAAGUUUGUAGGUGUAAAGAGACAUCAUGGCACAAAAGCUUAGCCGUGUAAACGCUGGUUAAAAGCUUGUUGGUACAAGAGCAGGUGGUUGACGCGAAGUAUGUAGAAACCAGUUGGUGGGUGUGAAAGCUGGUUGAUACAAAGGCAAAACACGUGCAAAUGCACACAUCAGGCAAACGCAGUAAAUGACUUUUUGGUUGUUUGAGCACUCGGUGCAAAGGCUGCACAAGCAGGUGUGACUUCAAAAGAGAUAAAGGACAAAGCAGCAAGAGCAAGAGGGUAAGAGGAAGAGAAGGAAGAGGACGUAGAGGACAAGGACAACGAAGAGGAGGAAUACGUAGCUACCGGGUAAAGGAGGGGCAGGAAAAGCAAAAAUCGGGGCAGGAGACGGUUCUAGAUUCUAGUACAGAACUCUAGCCUAGCUACACAAUUAUUGUACAAAGCUUUCAACAACAAGAGCAUCAAUGUAGACAUGCUGACAAGGCCGGCAGACAAACAAGCCUGAAAACGAACAACAUGAUGGUGCUCUUGGGAAUGAAAGGCUGCCAUUUUUGCAGAAAAGUUUACCACAUGAAUAUGAGAUGAGUCGAGGAUGGGAUAUUUGCCUGGAGGGCCUGGAGGAUUUGGAUCUGGAGGUCCUUGGAGUCCAUGUUCACCUUUUGGACCUUGUGGGCCUUGUGGACCUCAAGCCUGUAGCCCGUGUGGCGCUGGUCCAUGUGGACCAUGCCUGGGUGGGCCGUGUCCUGGUCAACCCUGUGCGGGAUUGAGACCUCGAAGUAUGGUAUCUCAGCAGAUGAGUCAUGUGACAGGUUGAAGAUGGUUUGAGGCACAAAUGAUUCAGAUGACUAGCAGACUAGCAAACUUUGAGUUUUGGUUGUGGUUGCAGUUGCCGUGUCUCAGGUGACUCCAGCUACGUUGGCGUCCAUGUCACCUCCCAUGCAGAAACAACUCUUGGGAGAGAAACUCUACAGCGAGAUUGCUCCACUAAAUCCGGCUCAUGCUGGCAAAAUCACUGGCAUGAUGCUGGAGAUGGAAAACAGUGAUAUUCUCACGCUCAUUGAAUCUCCAGAGCAGCUCCAAACGAAAGUUCGGGAAGCGUUACGUAUGCUGGAACGGGCUUAGGCCCUUGAGCCCUUUAAGCUUGAUCUUGUGUGACACAUGUCGUGACACAUGUGGCUGCCUUGCAGUCUGUUGUCCUCGAUGUUGUCAAUGUGCAAAUAGAAAUGGGUUUGAUCUUGCAGUCUGUUGUCCUCGAUGUUGUCAAUGUGCAAAUAGAAAUGGGUUUGAUGUCCUCUCCACAGGAGAGGCGACAAUUUGAAUUUCACGUCGUUUUUGUGACGAGUGGUCGCUUACUUAGCUGCUUAGCUGGUAGCAUGUGGAUCUCUUGGCUGAGAAGAUGUAGCAGGCUUGCAGGCUUGAGACGCGGUAUCGCCCUGAUUUCUUCUUUGAACAAAUAGAGACGUUGCUGGUGCAAAAAA